AUGAAAUAUGUAGCAGGCUUCACCGUUGGAAACGAUCUUUCUUUCCGACGAAACAUUCAGCGAAAAGAACUUCGAUCUGGCGAUGCCUUCAAAUUUGACUGGUUUCGUCAAAAAUGUUUCGAUGGCUCGUGUCCGAUCGGCCCGUGGAUGGUGCCGACCAACCAGGUCCCGAACAUACAAGACCUGGGAAUGAAGCUGUGGGUUGACAAUGAACUCAUGCAAGACACUACUACCGGGAACAUGAUUUUCUCUGUCGCCGAGCAAGUUGCAGAGCUCUCGCAUCAACUGACCUUACACCCUGGCGACAUGAUUAUGACUGGAACUGGAGCUGGCGUCGGGCUUGGCCGCGGGAGAUUUCUGAAAACUGGAAACACUGUGCGAUGCAUGAUCGAAGGUAUAGGAGAAUUUAGCUAUUAUAUUGGAUGA